AUUCAGAAGAAAAGAAAAAAAAAAAGAAGGAAAUACCAAAACUAGCCCUCGGAUGCGCCUCCUUCCUACCUAAAACCCUUUGAUUUCGAGCUCACUGGUCACUCUUCCUAGAUCUUUCCAUUCUCACCGCCACCGUCGCUUCCGGCCAUUUCCCCGGUUACCUUCUUAAAACAGCUGAAGAGCGAACGAUGGCGACUCAGGCUGCUGCUGCCGCCUCAUUCAAUGGCAACUUAAAGAAAGCUAUGGCAGGUAUCAAGCGUAUCAAUCUCGACGGUCUUCGUUGGCGAGUUUUUGAUGCCAAAGGCCAGGUUCUUGGUAGGCUAGCUUCCCAGAUUUCAACCGUGCUUCAAGCCAAAGAUAAGCCUACUUACUGUCCUAACCGCGACGAUGGGGACAUCUGUAUUGUUCUCAAUGCUAAGGAAAUUGCCUUCACUGGUAGAAAGCUCACCGACAAAUUCUACCGUUGGCAUACAGGGUACAUUGGACACCUCAAGGAACGAAGUCUGAAAGAACAGAUGGAGAAAGAUCCCACAGAGGUCAUACGCAAGGCUGUCCGGCGCAUGCUUCCAAGUAACAAUCUGCGUGAUGACAGGGAUCGGAAGCUAAGGAUAUUUGAAGGUGGUGAGCAUCCAUUUGGGGACAAGCCACUUGAGCCAUUUGUGAUGCCACCUCGUAGAGUUAGAGAGAUGCGACCACGCGCAAGGCGAGCAAUGAUCCGUGCACAGAAGAAGGCAGCGCAGGCAGAAAGUGGUGGGACAGAAGUUAAGAAAGGAAAGAAGAGGACCCCCGCUCAAGCAACUGCGUAGAAGGAUUACUUCAGAGGAACCUAGUAAUGUGACUCGUCUUAUUAUCUGUAAGCAACGUUCAUAAUGCAGGCGUGGAUAAACUUUGAAGGCUUUCUUGUUUAUUGAGUACCAGACAAUAGACAUGGACCUGUUUCUGAAUGUCAGACACUGUAUCACACAUGAAGCCAUGGGAUCUGUUUCUGGUUA